UCAUGAUCAUGGAUCAAUUUUCGACAAACACCCGGUGAACUAUAGUGACGACAGCUGAUUUGCAAAGAAAGGCGGAGCUUUAUUCAUACGGUCGAUCUGUGAUGUGUGUCAGAGUUAUAUAAUGUCUUAUUGCUUGCUACAUGAAGUGUAAACAUAUUGAUUUUUUGUUCUAUGUUUAGCUGGUACAUGUUUUGUUACGUGUAUGCAAAUUUGUGUGUGCAUAAAACAAUGGCUAAUAAAUUGUUAGUUUUGCUUUGUGAUGGAUUUCGUUGGGACUACCUAGAAAACAGAAAGGAUCUUAAGGGAUUCCAAAGGUUGCUGACCGAAGGUGUAAAAGCAGAUUAUCUGGAACCUGUCUACCCGUCUUUAUCUUAUCCAAACUAUUAUUCUCUUAUGACAGGUUUAUAUUGUGAAGAUCAUGGCAUGGUUGGUAACUACAUGUUUAGCGAAGAGCGAGGUGAAAGGUUUGAUAUGAUGGCCAAUCCAGAAUGUCGAAAUAGUCAUUGGUGGGAAGAUGCAGAACCAUUCUGGAUCACAGCUGUCAAACAGGGGAAGAAAACGUAUAUGUUUGAGUGGAGUGGUGGUGAAUUUCCCCAUAAAGGAUUUAGUUCUACAUACAGUUUACCAGUGGAUGGAGAAAAUUGGGCAAUGUUACCAGAAAUGAAGCGCAACAUUAAAAAGUCUUUGGAUAUGUUUAAAAGCGAUGAAAUUGAUAUGUCAGGAGUUUUUGUAUGGGAAAUUGACAAAUGGGGACAUGAUAUUGACACAAAGUCAGAUGACUUCCACCAAAAACUAUUGGAGUUUGAUACAGCUAUAGACUCUUUACUGGAUCAACUAGAACAACAGUCUUUACGAGAUAAAGUCAAUAUAGUCAUAUUUUCUGACCACGGAAUGAAGGACAUAUCGCCCGAACGAACUGUUAAUAUAUCUCAUAUACUAAAUACAACUGAUGUGAAAAUAUUUACCGACAGGGGGCACAUGUGUAAUAUUUGGCCCCAUGAUCACAAACUUGAAAAGGUAUAUUCUGAUUUGAAGAAACUGAACAAUGAGCAUAUCACUGUAUACAAAAAAGAUGAGCUGCCUGAUCGAUGGUGCUAUAAACAUCAUAAGCUUGUACCGCCAAUUACAGUUGUGGCUGAAAGUGGAUGGUUUAUUUUAACGCCGGAGUAUCCAUCGGUGACAAGUAAAGGAUGGCAUGGGUUUGAUAAUGUCGAUAAAGACAUGCGCGGGAUCUUCCUAGCAACAGGACCAGAUAUAAAGAAGAAUGACACAGUUGGUCCAAUGAGAGCUGUUGAUGUUUACCAAGUUUUAUGCAAACUUCUACACGUGAAACCUUUGCCCCAUAAAGGAGAAUGGAAUCGUGUCCAAGAUAUAUUUCUAUGAAAAAUAAAUAUCAUUAAAUAUUUUA